CCGAGCGCGCUGAUUGGACGGUUUUGACCAAGCUAUCGACCAUACGACGAAGGACCACGAGUCRGGAAGAGUUGUGGUUGUCUACUGUGUGUACAACAUUUUUAUUUCUUAAUUAUUUCUUAUUAUGGCAGAAGAAAAUGAGCUUUCCAAUGCAAGUGAAAUCAUCAAAGAUCGCUUGUACUUCGCGACGUUACGACACAAGCCCAGGAGUAGUACAAAUUUCCACUACUUCUCCAUCGACGAUGAACUUAUCUACGAGAACUUCUACUCGGAUUUUGGGCCCUUGAAUCUCGCUAUGUUGUACCGCUAUUGCUGUAAGCUGAACAAGAAACUUAAAUCUUUUUCUUUGGCUAAAAAGAAGAUUGUCCACUACACAACCAAUGACAGCAGAAAGAGAGUCAAUGCAGCAUGUUUAAUGGGAUGUUACUCUAUCAUUUACCUAAAAAAGGCUGCAGAAGAUGUCUACAGGGUAUUAGCUGGUAGCUGCAAUCCACCUUUUUUGCCUUUCAGAGAUGCGUCAUUUGGAGUAUGCUCAUAUAAUCUGUCAUUGGUGGAUGUGUUGUGUGGACUUCAAAAGGCUUUAGAGCACAAUUUCUUUGAUUUUGAAACCUUUGAUGUYGAGGAAUAUGAGCACUAUGAGAGAGUAGAAAAUGGAGAUUUUAACUGGAUUCUCCCAGGAAAGUUUUUAGCAUUUAGUGGACCACACAAUAAAAGCAGAAUAGAAAAUGGUUAUCCUCUUCAUGCCCCUGAGGCUUAUGUCCCAUAUUUCAAAAAACAUGAUAUUUCCACGGUGGUAAGGCUCAAUAAAAAGCUCUAUGAUGCAAGACGGUUUACAGACCAUGGAAUCGAACAUUAUGAUUUGUUCUUCAUCGAUGGCAGUGUCCCUAGUGAUAUGAUUGUUAGACGGUUCCUUACUAUCGCUGAAAGUUCAAAAGGAGGAAUAGCAAUCCAUUGUAAAGCUGGUCUUGGUAGAACAGGAACACUCAUUGCGUGUUACAUUAUGAAACACUACAGGUUCACUGCAGGAGAAGCAAUAGGCUGGAUAAGAAUAUGUAGACCAGGGUCUAUUAUUGGUCCUCAGCAGAACUUCUUAGAUGAAAAGCAAGCAAGUUUGUGGAUCCAGGGAGACAUUUUCAAGAGUCGAGAAAAGGACAAAAUUGAAAGUCUUGGUAUCAGUAGGAUCACCAAUGGUGUAGAUACAAUCAAGAUAGAAGACAGCUCCCCAAUCAAAACAACAAGAUCAAAGCUUUACAAGACAAAAUCCAUGGUAACAAGCAAGAUAGUAAAUCAAGAUAGAAUUAUCAUAGAAUCCAUGACAAUGAUAAGCAUGAUGACACAACAGCCUUAGUAACCGAAACCGUGGCAACAAGUACCAUAGUAACCACCUGUGGAUUAUUGAUAGAAAAUUUCGAAUGAACUCCAAAAAGGAGACAAACUUUUUAAACUUACCUUGCAAAAAAGUCUAGCAUGCAAAUGCCAUCAGUUUUCCAUGAAUUUUUAAAAGAAAUUUUAAAAACUGCUGAUGACCUUUUGAAAUUUCACCUGAAAUCAUUUUAAACGUUUUUAGUCAUUUUUAAGAAUAGGCUUUUACUCCUAAAUUAUGUAAAGCUCGACUAUAGCAGGAGAUUAUAAUAUAAGAACUUUGUAUCAUAAGAUAUCAUAAAAAAACCGACAUGAAAAGCGUUGAGGUGCCUGUGUUUUUGACACAGGAAUCCCAAGUUUAGACUUAAAUACRAYAAUCAACAUAACAGGUUAAACUGGUUUCUAUCUUUCAUAAUUACUACAUUACCAAGGGGGGGUAGGGAUGGUCCAGUCAAUUGCACUUUACCCUACCCCUCACAUUAAAUAGGGCAUGUUUUCUAUAGAUUUUGUAUAUUUUUGUAUAAAGCUCAACGUUGCACGUAAUCAAACGGGUUUUUAUUUUAGAGAAAAUCUUUUGGGAAAUUUUUCAAUCUCUAUGGGAAUAUUUCACAAAUAUGUAAUACUAAGAUAAAGUAUUUUUAUAUCAUAAUUGUUAUCAUAUUACAUGUAAAUUGUAUAUUAACUAUAACAUUUCAGACUUCGUAUACUUUAGUUUUGAAAACUUGUCACUCAAGGUGUCACGUUUAUAGAGUGGGGCAUUGCGUGACGAAUAGAAGAGACUUAAUGGGACGUUGCCUUUUUGCAAUCGAAGGAAAUGAGUUGAGUUCAGUUUUAUAUUUUAGUGGCGGUUAAUGGACAUUCGCACUCUUUCCCCCUCGUUAUUGGCUUGCACAGGAAACCCAAGGAUGACUUGCACACGAUCAGUUCUUUAGUAGGAACUUUUACUGCCCAGUCAAAUUGAUUUCAAGCUAAAUAUCUUUCACUUGAAUUGUGUGCGGCAAGUCGGCUUUGGGGUGCUUGCUUCAAGUUGACCGUCAUUUUACGAUCUUAUUUUAACCGCGCUUUUAGUAUAAUCACGAAACUGGUUUCCUAUGAUGCAAAGCGUGCAUUUUUUGGAGCUAGGUAACCGCCCAUUGUAUACGAUAAUAUGUAAUUAGUGUGUGCGACGUCUGUGUUGACACAACGUUGCAAAUAAAGUAAUUAUUGGACAAAC